CAUUUUACUCAUUCAGGACACUCUUUUAGUGUCUGCUUACGAAAUGAAGCAGAAUGACACAAAACCAAUUCUAUACAGCACAUCAGUGGUGAGUCUGAUGGAGCUGGCACAAAUCGAGAAUGAGUACGUAGAUCAUUUAAGGGGUUAUGUAGACGAGCUACAAAGAAAGGUGGACUACAUAAAGCAAUAUAGUCAAAUAGGGAAGCAUCCAGAGCUUGAAACUGAACAACAACGAACGCAAUUCGUCGCCAACCCAUUAAAUGCUUUCGGACUCGUACGCCGUGCACAUGAAGACUGGAGCAAGGUGUUGGAUUUCAUAAAAAUGGUGGAGAAUCCAGGUACCCAAUUUGAGGAAAUGGAUCGUCUGAUGGCAAAAGCACCAACUGAAGAGGAUAUGAAUGAAGCGUUAAGAGGGAUGGCUAAGAUACACGAAAUAUACGAUUUAGAACCUGCGGACAUUGCCAAGGGUUUGCUGGAUGGAAGACAAUAUAUGGCUCAGAUGCCUACGCCAGACCGCGUAUUGCUGGCCGACUAUAUAUACAACAAGACCGAUUACAGAAGAGCCGCUCAAUGGUACAAAACCGCAUUGCAAAAUGAAACAGCCGAUGCUCAGAGGGAAGAAAUACGUAAGAAAUAUAUCAUAUCCAGACUUAAAGGUGGCAGCUCCGAUGAAGUAGAGAAAUAUCUAGCUGAGCUCUCACAAAGUCAUGAAGAGUCGCUUCCUACAAUAGAUAAACCAACUUCAACUCAGCUAGGCUGUCGUGGCCUCUAUCCAGCCCGCACCAAUUUAUCGUGCCACUAUAACUUCGAAACCACGCCCUUUCUACGAUUAGCACCAAUAAAAACGGAGACAUUAAAUCUAGAACCACUCAUCGUGCUACAUCACGACGUUCUUUACGAUCGCGAAGUAGCAUUCGUAAAGAAUGUAACCAUGCAUGAUAUGACGGAUAGUAUAUUUGGCUCAAAUAAUAAUAUAAUUAUUUCGAAAAUCAAAGAACUCGAUGUGAAUGGCACCAUUAAAAUCGAUAGACGGAUUGUAGAUAUGACAGGAUUGAGUUUGAAGAACUCUACCACUAUACAAGUAAUGAAUUACGGACUUGGUGGGCACUUUCGAGAACAUGUUGACUAUAUAGGCGAAGACUGGAAUGAUGACAAAAAUGAAUUCUUGGCAUCUUAUGGAAAUCGGUUUGCUACAGUUCUCUUUUUUGUCAGUAAUGUGACACAAGGUGGCACUCUCGUCUUUCCAAGACUCCAAAUAGCUGUGCGACCAGAAAGAGGAGCUGCUUUAGUUUGGCACAAUUUAAAUAAUGCUUGUGAGCCUGAUCCUUUAACAGAGCACUCAGUCUGCCCAGUGAUUGUGGGCUCGAGAUGGGUACUUACUAAAGUUUUGUUUGAGAAAGUGCAAAUGUUUACAAAACCCUGCCAUAAAUUAUAAAAAACUAUAAUGCGAAUAAUAAUCAUAAUUCAUUUCUGUUUCUUUGGAUAUGGAAUAGAUUUUGUAUCGCUACAAAUUAACGAAAGACGUCGACUAUAAAAUAUACAUACAUAAAUUUAUGCAUUUGCAUGUUUAA